AUGCUGGACCGUAGAUACGACGGCACCGUCUGCCCCAACGACCUCGACGGACCGGGCAAGGUGCUGGCUCACGCGACGUUACCCUCCGGGGCUCGGGACGGCGUGUCGGAGGUGCACGUCGACCACCGCGAGGCGUGGCACAUCGCGCUGACCCCCAAUCCGCAGAACUCGCAUCACCUGCUGCGAAUGCUCGUUCACGAGAUCGGCCACUCGUUGGGACUGUCGCACACCACGGACGAGAACUCGCUCAUGUACGCGUACUCGCCCGCCGUGGAAUGGCCGGUGGUGCUGGGUAUGGAGGACGUUCUCGCCGUGCGGAAUCUCUACGGUGUCGCGGAGGGCGAGUCGUCGACCGCGGCGCCCGCCGAGCCUACGGUCGUACAAAGGACCACGACGCCCGCGAGCACGACCGCAACGGCGGCGGCGCCGGAGCCGCCCGAUCCGUGCACCUGGCGCCAUGUCGCCACCCUGCUCGUGCUAGGAAAGCGCUUGUUCAUCACGCGCGGGCGGUACGCGUGA